CGAACCACCCCACCGGCCGCUCCGAACCGCCCUCCGUUUCAACCGCUCCGGACGUCGCUGAACUCCGCCUUUCGGCUCGAACGCGCGAACGGCCGCGUGACGGAGACGUCGAAGCGAACGAGCGAAGCACGAGACGUGCCGCGCCGCGCCAGCGAGCUGCUGCCAGCCAUUGGAAACGGGGUUGGGAGGUAUGAAUCUGCCUCUCCGUGGCAUGAACACUCGCAAGAUCAGCGACCCGCACCAGGAAAGGACGUUGCAGGCAACAGCGAGGAAGGCCCAACUUCUACAGGACUUCUUACACAGGCAUGGCUUCAGCGAUUCGAACUCCCCACGUGGUGUGGGCGGCUGUCCCCACGGCCAUGCUCCGAAGGUGAAAAUGGAAUAUGCCAUGCCUCUCCACGUGGCCGCGCAGCUCGGCGACCAGGAGAUCGUUCAGCUCCUCCUGAAGUCUGGCGCCGAUGCGUUGGCCACCACGGGAGGAGGGACCGCCUUGGAGAUCGCUGAAGAGAUGAAUUGUGACGGAUCCCACCGUGGUGUGAUCCUGUUGUUGCGCGAGUCCUUGAAGAUGCAUUCGGUCUGUUUGUAGCACGCUGCCCGCGGGGAUUUUCACCGGGUGGUAGAUGAGAUUGACGGACUCCUUCAGAGAUCAAGAACACCAUUCCAGGACCAAUCCUGGAGUUGUUGGGGCAGAGGGGAUGUCGUGGCCAGGGUGACACAAGGGUCGUCUCCCAGGGGGCCAGAUUUAAGUUUGCUGCUUGCAGCUGCUACCCGCAGCAUGCGUUGCUGACUACGCGCAGAGUCGGGUUUGAUUUUAUACGUUGCUGAUAGCAGAUCAGCAACGUGCUGACUCGACUUGCCUCCUGAAGAGGAGGUUUGCAAUCCGGGCGACCCCUAGUUAGUUGAAGCCAUACGACCCGUAGUCGCGCC